AUGUCAUCCACUGCCAAGUCUCCUUCCACAAUUAAUCAUUGCAUAGAGCGAGAGAUUGAACGCUCUUCACAUAAUGAAGGACCUCACCUGACACUAAAUUUAGAACCUGUUUCGUUUUCAAAUGAGUACAAUGCUUCAUCAAUGACUAAUUUGUUAGCAAAUUCUAAAAUUCCAAUUGAUAUAUGGUAUUCAACUUCACAUAAUACAAAUGUAUCCGAAAGCAGUCAUGCAAGAGUUAAUAGAUAUGGAAUUAAUUUAAAUCUUUAUGUAGCAAUUCAAAA